AUGCCAGAUGAUAAUAAAAACCGUUUCUGGAGAUAUACUAAUCGGAAGUUUAUCUUGCCGGUUGAAGCACGAGAUUGGAUUGAGACCACUGUUAGAGAGGCAUGGAGAAGAUAUAAGCACAAAAUUAAGAAGAAUCAUUUUUUGAAGUAUUCCAACAUGACCGAGAGACUCAAAAAUCGUCCGCCAAACGUGCCAAUAGCCCAGUUUAAGAGUCUUUGUGCUUAUUGGAGUAAGGAAACUAUACAAGAAAUCAGUGAAAAUAACACUAGAAAUAGAGCUCAACUAAAGUGGAUGCAUCGAAUGGGUCCCAAAAACUUUGCUUUGACUCGUGAAAAAGUGCGUGAAAAGGAAAAAAGAGAGCCCACUCAAUCAGAAAUGUUUGUUGAAACUCGAAAAGGAAAUAAAGGAAAGGAACUGGAUGUAGAAACUGGAAAAGUAAUUUCCCAACUUCAAGAAAUGAGAAAGGCGGAGAUUAAUGCUUUGAAACAAGCCCACAGUGAAGAGGUCUCUACAUUAAGGGACGAGUUUCAAGAUAAGAUUGAUAGAUUGCAAAAUGCUUUUAAGACCGUAAUACAACAAUGCAAUCCUCAAAUUAAUAUAGAGUCAAUUGAAGAUUUGUUAGGAUUAUCUCAUGGAGAUGCUAAUAGUUCCCCAAAGGAUAUAAGACCGCAGAUGCAUUCAUCUACAUCAACUCAUGCUCCAUGUCAUGGAAAGCAAUGUAUCAAUGAAGAUGUUGAAAAGGACGAUAUAAAUGAUGAAAUUCAAGAGGACGACAUAAAUGAUAAAAUUCAAGAGGACAACCUAAAUGAUAAAAUUCAAGAGGCCGACGUAGAUGACGAAUUUCAAGAGGACGACAUAGAUCUAGAUGAUGAAUUUCAAGAGGAGGAUAUAGAUGGUGAAUUUCAAGAGGACGACGUAGAUGAAGAAUUUAUGGAGGAUGACAUAUCUAACGAAUUUCAAGAGGACGAUCUGGAUGCUUUACUCCUAGAAGACAAACUUGAAUGA